UGAAGGUAGGGUCAACAGGAUUUCUAGUCAGAUUGUGUAGAGGCGGCGAGAGAGCGAAGCUGGCUCUUCUGGUUCUGGCCUGAGUAAAUGGAGCCGCCGUUAAUGCCGAUGGGAAAGACAGGUGGGCGGAGAAGGUUUGGAGGCGGGGGAAGAAAGGGUCUUAUUUUCUUCCUUGUAAUAAUAUAUUCCAAGCAAUAUAAUUAAGCAAUAUAUAUUUUUUCCUUUAAGAAAACUCCAAAUGUUAUAUCGUUCCAAAUAAAAAAAUCAUUUCAAGAGUCCUGACGCAGCAACCAUUACAUUCCCAGUAAUGGAAGUGUUAAGUCAGUCCGUGCUCUGGAGAAAUCCCAUGACAGAACACAGGCCAGGAGACCGGGCCUGGAUUCCGGUUUUCGAACAGUGGGGCAAAGACGGAGGCUCCAAAUCCAUCCCCAGUCCGGCAAGAUUCUCGAAAAUGUCGGGAGAAGGCUGCAUAGGAACUUCAAGAACGAGUAGCGGCUCCCUUGGAUUCAGCGUGAGGGGGAAACCGCCAGGCAGAUUUGGAACUCAGGAGUCCGACGCCUGAAGGAGCGGGAGGCUGCUUCCGAGGAGCCCGGGGCACGACGGGAAAGGCCGCGCCGGCCAGGCCGCCCUCCUCCCGGCAGCCUCGGGCAGGCCGUCCCCGCGCCGACGACGGCGGGCCCGGCCGCAGGUACCAACAGCACCAGUCAGAGGGCAGCGCGGGCGCACCCUGCGAGGGCCCUGCCUCGUCAAGAGAGGCAGCGAGAAACAGCAGCGAUGAACGAAACAAAACCGUCCCCCACUACUGCUACAGAGCUCGCGUCCGAGGAAGCGGGAACACACACGCCCCGGUGCUUUCCGAAAGGCUUCUCGCCAAGACCCGCGACCAGCGCGGGGUGGGGGUGGGGGGGCACCCUUUUUGAGAAGCCAGGUCAAGCGGGCCGUUGCUAGGCGACCUUUGGGCGGAGGGAGAGGGCAGGGCUGCACCGCACAGGUUCCGCCCCCACUUCAGCGUCUUCGCCCCGCCCAAGCUCCGCCCAGCACCCAAGGGCCAACCCCCCGCGACGCAUGCGUGCUUCUUCCCGCGCGGCUCCACCUGCCGCGCGCUUCCGCAGCUGGCCAGUCUCUUCUGCCCCUCCCCCUCCUGUUAACACAGAAAUCUGCCUCCUGGGCCAUGCCGCUUCUAAGGCCUGUUUCUUCUCAUGAGCCCCAGCACAAGACAGAUGGGCCAGUUCUCACAGUGGAUAGCUUCCCGUGCCUGAGCAAGAGAUGGGAUAGUAUCUGGGAUCUGGCCAUCACCAGACUCUGAGCUUAAUAAGGCAGCUGAAUGAAGGGAGGUAACGGACCCCUGAGAGGGGCACUGAAGUCUGCAGUGGGGGGGGAGGGGCCUGGACACACCCCUUCCCCCCCAGACUCCUCCCCGUCAGGGUCAGCUCAGCCAUGGACUUUGGACCUGGAUAAGAAGAGAGAAGCUGCACUUUGGCGGAUCUGAUUUGGGAUUCUCAGUUUUGAAAAUGGAGUGCGGAAUGGGGAUUUGAGGAUCUCCUGGAGAGCAACUGAGACAAGAGAAGAAAGGUGCAUGGCUGCUUCCUAAUCCCGUAGUCCAGAGGAAGCAUCCCUAGGACUGCGGGCGAGGGAGCCGGGCAAGCCCAGGGCAGCCUUGAACCCUCUCCUUGCCUGCCCUCCCCGGUGGGGGCCAGGAUGCUGAAGAAGCAGUCUGCAGGGCUUGUGCUGUGGGGCGCCAUCCUCUUCGUGGCCUGGAAUGCCCUGCUGCUCCUCUUCUUCUGGACACGCCCAGCACCUGGCAGGCCACCCUCAGUCAGUGCUCUGGAUGACGACCCCGCCAGCCUCACCCGUGAAGUGAUUCGCCUGGCCCAAGACGCCGAGGUGGAGCUGGAGCGGCAGCGUGGGCUGCUGCAGCAGAUCGGGGAUGCCCUGUGGAGCCAGCGGGGGAGGGCGCCCACAGCGGCCCCUCCCGCCCAGCCGCAUGUGCCUGAGACCCCAGCGCCAGCGGUGAUUCCCAUCCUGGUCAUUGCCUGUGACCGCAGCACUGUUCGGCGCUGCCUGGACAAGCUGCUGCAUUAUCGGCCCUCGGCUGAGCUCUUCCCCAUCAUCGUUAGCCAGGACUGUGGGCACGAGGAGACAGCCCAGGCCAUCGCCUCCUACGGCAGCGCGGUCACGCACAUCCGGCAGCCCGACCUGAGCAGCAUUGCGGUGCCGCCGGACCACCGCAAGUUCCAGGGCUACUACAAGAUCGCGCGCCACUACCGCUGGGCGCUCGGCCAGGUCUUCCACCAGUUUCGCUUCCCCGCGGCCGUGGUGGUGGAGGAUGACCUGGAGGUGGCGCCGGACUUCUUCGAGUACUUUCAGGCCACCUAUCCGCUGCUGAAGGCCGACCCCUCCCUCUGGUGCGUCUCGGCCUGGAAUGACAACGGCAAGGAGCAGAUGGUGGACUCCAGCAAGCCUGAGCUGCUCUACCGCACCGACUUUUUUCCCGGCCUGGGCUGGCUGCUGUUGGCCGAGCUCUGGGCUGAGCUGGAGCCCAAGUGGCCAAAGGCCUUCUGGGACGACUGGAUGCGGCGGCCGGAGCAGCGGAAGGGGCGGGCCUGCAUACGCCCCGAAAUCUCAAGAACGAUGACCUUUGGCCGCAAGGGUGUGAGCCACGGGCAGUUCUUUGACCAGCACCUCAAGUUUAUCAAGCUGAACCAGCAGUUUGUGCACUUCACCCAGCUGGACCUGUCUUACCUGCAGCGGGAGGCCUAUGACCGAGAUUUCCUGGCCCGCGUCUAUGGUGCUCCCCAGCUGCAGGUGGAGAAAGUGAGGACCAAUGACCGGAGGGAGCUGGGGGAGGUGCGGGUGCAGUAUACGGGCAGGGACAGCUUCAAGGCCUUCGCCAAGGCUCUGGGUGUCAUGGAGGACCUUAAGUCGGGGGUUCCGAGAGCUGGCUACCGGGGUAUUGUCACCUUCCAGUUCCGGGGCCGCCGUGUCCACCUGGCGCCCCCACCGACGUGGGAGGGCUAUGAUCCUAGCUGGAAUUAGCACCUGCCUGUCCUUCCUGGGCCUCUCCUUGUCAUAUCAUGAGCUGAGGUGGGACCACAGCCCCCAGGCUCCAUCGGCCUGCCUGUGUUUCCCUCUUAGGUGCAUUUAUCUUUUUUAUUUUUCCAAGUGGCAUUUAAGUGCACAAAUGAUAACGAGAGGAUUAUUCUCCCGUUCUCAGGGGAGUCGGGAACUAUUCUAGGGUAUGUUGUGGGGUAUUAAGCAGGAAACCACUGUGUGGUAGGGGGGCACUGGGCUUGUUGGGGCCAGAAAUGUCCACGUCCUGAGCUUUCUCCUGCAGCAUAUGCAGAGAGUUUGGCAACGUUCGCUCUCUUGACCAGACCCCUUCUCCCUGACCUGGCUCUUCCAGCCAGGGCACGAGCCCUCCUUCUAUAGCUGCUCCCCUUCCCCCAGUGGGGACUGGGUUAUGGGAGAAGGGGACAUAUUUGCGGCCAAAAUGAUACUAACCAAAGGGGCUUCCUUGUCAGGACCCGGUGGAGUUGGUGGGUCAUCGGGGCUCACUGCCUCCUGCCCUUCUCCCCUGUCUCUGACCCCCACUUAGCCCUUCUCUCCUUGCAGCCCAGCAGUUUAUGGUUCUGAGAUGGAAAGUUGAAGGGGGCAAGCAAGACCUCUCCUCAGCCCAUGCCCAGCUGUCAGGAGAGAGGUGCAGGGAGGAAGGCCUUGUGCUGGGACAACCCCUCUUCUUGCCUUACCUCAGAGAGGGACUAUGCCCUGACCCCUCCUUUCUGAAAAUCAGUGCCCUCCCUGUUGCUCUAGGAGGCUCCUGCUGGCUUGGUAGAAGACAGAAUUCGAUCUGCCUGUCCCUUUUUCCCCUGGGGUUUGACGCACAGGAUCCUCUCAGCAUGAGGUGGAGCAGUAGACCAGGUGGAGCAGUGACUAGGACGCCUCUAGCCCAGUGCUGCCCAGCCUCCCUGCCCGCUCCCAGGCACCCCGUGUCCUCACAGGCCAGGACGCCGUGGCAGGGUGGAGAGGACUUGGUGGAUUUUUGUUUCUUGCCUGACCUCAGUUUCAUGAAAGAAAGUGGAAGCUACAGAAUUAUUUUCUAAAAUAAAGGCUGAAUUGUCUGAAAAAUA